AUGCUGACAUUCAUCAUUUUUGUAUCAAUUCCACGCGAUAACAUACCUUCAGAUUUUCUUCCAGAGUCUUCAAAAUUUAUCGCAAAUUUACGAGGAAAACCGGAACAUUAUGUAACUGUGCGAGUAGUUCCUGAUCAGAUGAUGUACGUUGGUGGAAGUAGUGAGCCAUGUGGUAGUGUUCAGCUUAUGAGUAUUGGAGCCCUAGGAGAAAAGAAUAAAAGCCAUUCCAGCAAAAUAGGAGAUUUUCUCGAAUCAAAAUUAGGUAUCAAGAAAGACAGGUUCUACAUCACGUAUUUUGACAUAGCUCGAAAUGACUGUGGGUACAACGGAACUACGUUUGCUUGAAAAACUUUCACAUUGCUACGUCUAUGAGGGCUACAAAGAACUGUAUAACAUUUUUGGCGCUUUUCUUACAUA